AUGGGUGAAAAACUUUUGUAUAGAACGCACUUGAGAGAGCAGAUGACCGGAACGACCCGCGCGACCUUUCGAGCGCGCCUGGCACAUUCGCGAGGCGGUGUUGGGAGGCGGACGCAGCGCGUCGUCGCGCCACACCGUCGCGCGCGGCGCCUCGGCGAGAUGGGCGGCGGCGAGAAGACCCGCGAUGAGCAGUGGAUAUCGUUCAAAGGAAAGACGCGACGGUCGAUCAAGAAGGAGCUGUCGUACGUGGCGCCGGCGAGCCCGACGAUGCGCGUGGCAUCUGACGUCGACGCGACGUCAUCGCGUUUCGACGACAAUGAUGUCGACGUCGACGACCUUCUCGAACGCGGCGCGCGGCGUCGCGCGGCGGCGGACUCGCGCGACGACGACGACGACGACGACGACACGUCGUCGUCGGCGUCGUCCCACCUGACGCGCGGGGGCGAGGAGGACGACGACGACGCGGACGCGCGGUCGCCGCCGUCGUCGCCGCGCGCGUCGAGACCGCCGGGGCCGCUUCCGCGGUUCGUCCGCGACGCGGAGACGGGCGAUAUCGUCCGCGUUAACCUCCGUCUGAACGUCAAAGGCGACGUGUGCCACGAGUGCGUCGGAUGCUUCACGACGGUCGGGUUAGACCCGAUCGACGACGAGACGCGCGCGGUGAUGACGCGCGCGGGAUUCACCGCGAGCGAGAUCGAGGAGCACCUCGAGCGGCCGCUGCGGAAGGUGUUCGACACGGGGUGCCUCGCCGCGCGGUACGGCGCGUGUUGCUCGUCGAAGCAGGUGCGCGACGACUCGCGACCGCGUCCCGUGCGACGUCGAACGUCGUCGUCUCUUGAGGGAUUUCUUCUCCCGUCGUUCACUCUCAUUCGCUCUCUCGCUCUCGUCGCGCGCGUGCGUCGGCGACCGACGCGCCUUCCGGUGACCGCUCACUCUUCCUUCCUCCCUCCCUCCCUCCCUCCCUCAAAUUUCUCCCUCCGCCAGCGCGCCGGGUGCGGUCCGUGUUACGCCUUCUUUCCGCUCUACCUCACGAUGGUCAUGGUCCCGCCCUUACAAGCGCUCGCGCGGUGCGCGAUGCGCGAGAUCGACGCCGACUUGCGCGCGUGGCAGACGCGCGCGAACGCCGCGCUGUUGCAUCGCGGCUUCGCCGUGAAAACUCUCGGCGUCCGCGCGGCGGAUGCGGACGGUCCGUUCGGCCUCGAGGAGGAGUCCUACGUCGCCGUGGCGCUGACGAGGGAGGAGGGGAAGAGGCUGGGGAGGACGCCGCACGUCGCGCUGACGAGGGAGGACGACGGGCCGUGUUAUGGGCCGAAGUGGAGCGAGUAUUGCUUGCUGUUGUGA